GCCAUUGCUAAUUCCCUGCAGGCUGGAGUCUUUCUCAAAAGAGGGCCACAGAGGAUAGGCAGCACGUACAAGAAGGCUGUAUACACUCAGUACACCAAUCACUUAUAUGACGAGGUAGUUGACAAACCUUCCUGGCUGGGUUUUUUAGGCCCUAUCAUUAAGGGAGAAGUUGGAGAUUCCAUUAUUAUUCACUUGAAGAACUUCGCUUCCAGAAACUACACACUGCACCCACAUGGUGUAACAUACACAAAGGAAAAUGAAGGUGCUUUUUAUCCUGACAACACGACAGAUUUGCAAAAGAGAGAUGAUGCUGUGGAGCCUGGAGGGCAGUACACCUACACGUGGGACGUGACAGAAGAUCAAGGUCCUGCUGACGGAGAUGCUGACUGCAUCACCAGGGCUUACCACUCCCACAUAGAUGCUCCGAGAGAUGUUGCCUCAGGGCUUGUUGGGCCUCUAAUAAUUUGCAGGAAAGGUACAAUGAGUAACAGCACUGCUAAACACUUUGAUGCUGAAUUUAUCCUUAUGUUUUCUGUGAUGGAUGAAAAUCUCAGCUGGUAUCUAGAGGAUAAUAUCAGGACAUACUGUUCUGAGCCUUACAAAGUUGACAAAGAUGAUGAGGACUUCCAGGAAAGCAAUAAAAUGCACUCAAUCAACGGGUACGUGUUUGGAUACGUCCCGGACCUCAGGAUGUGUGUGGAAGACAAGGUUAAAUGGCACCUUUUUGGCAUGGGCAAUGAGGCUGAUAUCCAUUCAGCCUACUUUCACGGACAGACCUUGAUAGAGAGGCAGCAUCGAGUUGACACUAUCAACCUCUUCCCAGCCACGUUUGUUGAUGCUGUCAUGAUACCGAGGAGUCCUGGGGAGUGGCUGCUUGGCUGCGAAGUGAAUGACCACAUCGUAGGUGGCAUGCAGGCCCUUUUUGAAGUAGAAGAUUGUAGGAACUCCACAACGCAUCGCAAUGAGAGCACAAAGAUAAGACAGUACUUCGUCGCUGCUGAAGAGAUCAUCUGGAACUAUGGCCCAUCUGCAAUCAACCAUUUUACAGGACAAGAACUAGUCACUGACAGUGAAUCUCACGUAUUUUUUGAACAAAGUAAGACAAGAAUUGGUGGCUCUUACAAAAAAGCCAUUUUCAAAGAAUACACAGAUGGUUCUUUCACUGAACACAAAAAAAGGCUCCCAGAGGAAGCACAUCUUGGUCUCCUAGGACCUGUCAUCAAGGCUGAAGUGGGUGAGAGCAUCAUGGUGACCUUCCGGAACAACGCCAGCCGCCCAUUCAGCAUUAAGCCCCAUGGCGUGAGUUACCGCAAGAGCGACGAGGGGUCAUUGUACGGUGCUGCCUCCAGAGGUGCUGAGUCUCCAGCCGCCCAUGUGAGUCCUGGGGCCACGUUUACAUACGAGUGGAACGUGCCGGAAGACGUGGGCCCCACGGACCAGGAUCCCAACUGUUUAACCUGGAUUUAUUACUCAUCUGUGGAUACCAUCAGAGACACCAGCUCUGGCCUUGUGGGUCCACUCUUGGUCUGCAGGAAAGGAGCUCUGCUUCCUUCUGGGAAACAG